AUGGAUGAGGAAGGCUCCCCAGUCGGCGGAACAGACUCAGGAAAAGAAGGGCUGGAACGGGAAGAAGAAGAGUCGCAGGAAGAAAACCAAGAGAAAAAGGGUGUGGGAAGCAAAACGAGAAUAAGUGAGAGCCUCGUCUGGGCAGAGAUCAGCCGCAGGUGUCGUUACGGCGGCGCAUUUCUGCAGCGCUUUUUCUUCUUUCGAAAAAAGAGACUGUCCGGGGACUUUCUCCCAAAGCCAAAGUAUGGUCGAGACGAGCGAGACGAGCCCGCCCGUCUCCGUUGA